AUGUUUCCUCGUGGUGUCCAAUAUGGCACAUCUGUAUCGAGUUUCGAGAAACGUCAUUCUAAACCGAUAGUCGAUUUCGAGGAAGGAGCAUUCCCUCCAGAGGAGGCUAGGCUUCGAUGUCAGUUGGCUGCUCUUUACCGCCUUGUCGAUCUCUUCAAUUGGAGUCAAGGAGUUUUCAAUCAUAUGACCGUUCGACUUCCUGGUGAUCUGAUGGAAAUACUGAUCAAUCCGUUUGGUCUUUUAUAUCAUGAACAGACUGCCAGCACGUUAGUCAAAGUAGAUCUGGACGGGAACAUUCUCCACCCAGGAAGCACUAUUCUUGGCAUAAAUCAGGCUGGGUACACUUUACAUUCUGCCAUCCAUGGUGCUCGUAGCGAUUUGCUCUGUGUUAUCCACCUUCAUACACCAGCAGUGGCUGCUAUCUCUGCCACCAAAUGUGGUCUCCUGCCUCUAUGUCAAGAAUCUAUGAUCGUUGGACCAGUCGCCUAUCAUGAUUAUCAGGCAAGAUUUUUCUACUCAACCAAAAUUUGCUAUUCUGUAGACGCAAAGGAUUCACAAUUCAAAGGAAUUCUUGUCGACCUCAAAGAACGAGAAUCAUUGGUGGAGGACAUGGGCUCAUAUAACGUCAUGAUUUUGAGAAAUCACGGAUUCGUCGUCGGGGGACGAUCUAUCGAAGAGGCGUUCCACUUGACGUACCAUCUUAUUCUAGCCUGCGAAACACAGGUCAGCACAUGA